UUGCUCAACGUUUAAAAGAUAAACGCGAAAGAUUGUAAAGUUCAAUUCUCCCGGCGAAUUUCAAGAAAUACUCUAUUUUUGGAGGAAAAAAAAGGAUCGAAUCAUCGCAGUACAAAUGAAGUGAAAAAAACAUUUGACUUCUGUUUAUAAUUUGAUCGCUUCCAUCAGAAAUCCAUUUCCAUUUCAGAUACUAUAAUUUAUCAAACGAUUGCGGCUUUUAAUCCGUCGCUUCAACCAGAGAUUGGACCUGAUGGUCUUCCAAGAGAAUCUCCUGUCAUCGCCUACACUGAGAAGGUAAUCGAGGAAGAACAGCUUCAAUUGAGGAAGUGAUUGGAAAUUGGUAAUGGUUGAAGGUUCUGUUGGUUGUUUUCAUGUAUGGAGUUAGCUUUAGAGUGUCAAAGGUUUGUAGUAAUUGUGGUAUUUACUGUUGCUAAUUGUUGAUGGGGAUAGCAGUUGGUCUAAGUUGAUGAAAGUGUUAAAGUAUUCUUGGAGAUGAUGGUAUGAUGGCUUUUAUGGUUGUGAUGAUGCUUAUAAUAUGCUCAAAUGAUGAUAAGAUGGCUAGUUGCUGAUGGAUGUUGCAGUGAUGGCUAUCUAUCUCAGGUGAUACACUGAAGAAAAUUAUUCUAAAAUAUGUGAUGUUGAGAGAGAGCUAGCAAAUCUUACAAUGGAACUGAAACUCACUGCUGGACCUAAAAAGCAGGUACUUAACUUCAGCACUUGAACUGUUGAGAAAGAAAAUAGAAAUGUCAACUGAGAGAAUUUGUCUUGCCAAACAGAAGGAAGAACAAGCACAAAAGGUCUGGGAAGCAGCAUCAAAGGCUGUGCAGGAAGAAGAAGCAAUGAAGCAGAAGUUAUGUGAAGACUUAAACCAUUUGGUACAAGAAAGCAGUAACUCUCAGUUUUCUUGACUUGAGGAAUUGAAAAGACGACUGGAAGCUUUGAACCUGAGUAGAGCGUCAAUCUCUUCUCUUCAGAACUCACGUGUACACUACACGCAAGAGAAGGGCAGGAACAAGAGUUAGAACAAGAGGCAGCAAGGGAUUGAAGCAUGCAGAACAGUCAGCAAUUACUUUGUGACAAAGUCAAUCUGAAGAAGAAAAGCAACGUGGCACAAUAUCGGAAGGGAGGCAGUUGGCAAACAAAAGAGAGAAGGUAGAAAAGGGAGUGGGAAAAAGAGAGGAAAAGUAGGAAAGUCAGUAGAGGAAGUGAUAGGGAGAGUUCAGGCCUCUCGAAAGCCUGCUGGGAGCUGAGUGCUUGGAUCUUUGCAGUGUAAUUGCAGUGUGUUCUGGUUUUGGCUACUGUAAUCUCUGAACUGUGAUUUUGGUAAACACAAUCAUGUAAUGAACCCUUUUGUAAACCUUAUUGAAUGCAUAUAUACAACUGAUAUUUCAUUCCUAUUGUAUGUGUUACUAUUCUGUGAUUGGUUUGGAAUAUACUGUGUUUGCUGUGUAUAAUGGCUAGAGAGAGAGUUGAGUGACUGUGGAGUGGAGAAGAAGGUUCGAGCACUGUAGAUUUCUGACCAGCAUUGUAGUUGAAAGGCUUUGAGAUUCCUGUCUUGGAUUUAUCUCUAAGAUGGGAAAACUAUGGCAUCUACACAGAUUAGUACUGCUCAAGACAGUACUUCAGUCUCUCCUGGCAUGGAACCAGGUGGUGGAAUCACUCAAAUUGCAUCAUCCAAACAAGGAAAUGGUGGAAAUGCUCCAAUUAUAAGUGGAAACAAUCAGCAGGCUACUGUUGAAGGAGAAGGAAGAGAAAAGAAGAAAACUCAUUUUUUAGGAAGAGGAAAUGGAGUUGGGGCUGAGCCCAAGGGUAGAGGAUCUACAGCACCUGGCUGGACAGUUUCUUUUGUUGCAGGACCAGUUUCCUUCCUAAAGAUGCAACUCUUUGGUACCAUUUGGUUUUUGGAGGAAUUAUAAGUUUGAAGUUCGAUCUUUCUUGACGAGAGAUGAGGACGGUCUGGAAAAAUCACUACACGACUUCCAUAAGGCAUUAAUGCAUUAAAGACCUGCGAUGAAGAGGACGACGGUGUUCAGAAUUGUGUUGGAAUUACGUAGACAAGUAGAGGGUCUAUUUAAGGUCAUUAUGAUUGUUGGCAGCUACCCCCUACACGAAGGUCACGUUGCAGAUCCCCAAUAAACCACCUCGUACUUCAAACCACAGUAGGUGAGGUAAUGGGAAUCACAUUUUCAUCAGAGCGAAAAAGAGAUUGCAGAUGUGUUUAGUCUAUAUUAGAUUAAGAGAUAGAAAGAGAGGUGGGUGGCCAUUUCGUCAUCUUUUAAUCUUUAUGGAUUUCUUCAAAAUCUCAAUUCCCAAUGAGAGUUGGCAGAGUUAGUUUCUGGCCAUGGUCUGGUAAAACUUGGGAGUGAGUGUUUUAUUGGAGACAUCAGACAUACAGGAUAAACUUACAUGUAUAAAAUAUCAAACCAAACCCACAAACCACACUUCUAUUGUACUUAAUUUCGCAUCAAAAUGUGGCUGAUUUAUGCUUCAUGGAUCCGCUUUUUUCUCUUCUUCAACAGCGUCCUAUAAGCUUUUCAGCUUCAGCUUUACUUUCCUACUCAAACUUCAUUCUCUCACUCUCAGUCUCUCUUAUCUCUUACUGAACUCUUCUACUUCUGUCAUUUUCACUCAGACUUUCUCAUUUCUGGAGUAAGCUUUUUGUAUACAACCUUCCUUUAUCUUCAAAAAAGUUCUUUUACUAGAUAUGGGCAAAGAAUGGUAUUGGGUUGGUAGUAGAUCCACCACCAACUCUAAGAGAGUAGUUGCAGAGAAAGAUACUAGUACUUCUGCUACUGGUACUCCUUCAGGUUGCAUGAGUGCUGUAUUUCAGUUCUUUGAUUUCCACCAUUUUCAGUUUCCUUUGCACCAACACCAACCACCUUCCAAGCCUAACUCUUUCUUUUCUGAAGACCGCACUAUUCUCAAAGGAUUAGAAGCACCAAGGAAUAGCUUGGAAUUAGAGGAGCCUCCAUUGUCAUCAACCAGCUGCUUUAAAGAAGAAGAAAAAUUAAAUAUCUCAAUGGGUAUUCGAAUCAACACAAGAAAAGGACAUACAAAAUCAAAAGUUGGAUCAGCUUCAACUGAUUCUUCUUCAGAAAUGAGCCCUUCUCCUGGGGCAAGAACUCCAAAUUUAGUAGCCAGACUGAUGGGUCUCGAUCUUCUUCCAGAUAGCCAUUCACCCUCUUCACCAUCCUUUCACGAAACACCAAAUCUUCUGGCCAGGUCAAAUUUGCAUCGACCUGCCAGACAAACCCUCCAAAACAAACCGAUUACCAGCCACAGAAAUUCUAUAGAUUAUGGUCAUAUUACAGGCUCUCGUUCUUUGCCUGAGACACCUAGAAUAUCUUCAGCCAGAAGAUCAGACGUGGACCACCACCGUCUUUCACUUCAAAUCAACAAAGAGAACAUGGGUGUGGGUGAAGAGAUUGACUUCUAUCGUUUCUCUUUUUUACGGAGAAAAGAACUCAAACAAGAAGAUGAGUACAGAAGCCCAAGUCAUUACGCAAAGCAAAUAGUGAAGCAAGUUAAAGAAAGUGUUAGCGGAAAAGUUGGGCUUGACAUAACAAACACUUUAAAGAACAGGGAACAAGCAAGAGAAGAACUUGUCAAUCAAAUGAAGGCCAAGAAAAUAAGUUCCAGAGCGGCUUUAGCUGUUGUUGAUCAGUCCAGUCCAGGCAAGCACUCAACACCCUCUUGUUCACCAAGGCUCAGUAGAUUCUUGGAAUCCAAAGAGAAACCAACCACACCAUCCUCUACUCUAAAAGACCAAAAUCGCAUUCCUCAUCAGCCACGCAGGCAAUCUUGUUCACCAUCUUCACAAAUGAGUAAUAAUCAGCUUCAACCCAUCUCAUCAAAGCCCAAGCUACAACCAGUGCAAGAGCAGCAACAUGAGCAAAUACCCGCAAAGAAAUGCAAGAAAGCUUCGAGUGAAAGGUUCAGUCCCAGGCUCAAAAAGCCUCCUCAAACGUCGGACAUUAUUCGAAACAAGCAAGAGGAGCCAUUUGUUCGCCCCUCCACGGCCAACAGAGCCAAUAAUCCUGACAAGAAAUGCAAGAAAACUCCAUUGUCAAAUGAGCUCCUAAACAUCAGUGUCCCUGCUCUUCUUCCAGUCAAAAAAGAUCCUUCUCCUCCAGCAAUCAAAAUCCCUCAAAAGCAGGUGUUAAAUGCUCAAAGAUCGAACAGGAGCUCACAGUUAUCUAGUAAUUCGAGCCAGACGUACGAACAAGAAGCGCCGAAUGAGCUCAUUGCCCGAGACACGAACGACGACAGAGCUAACGGUGUCACCACCACCACCACAGUGAGAGGAGCCGCAGAAUAUGAAUACGAGUACAUUGCUAAAAUACUGAAACGUAUAGGCAUUGAAAAACAUACCCAGGUGUCCUGCAUUCAUUGGCUCUCUCCUUCUCAUCCUUUAAACCCUUCUAUUUUUCACCACUUGGAAAAUGAUAUCAACACCCACUAUCGUCAUCAUCAUUCUCCAUUAUCUCAUCAAUGUAACCGCAGGCUACUGUUUUAUUUAGUAGAUGAAAUUCUUGCUGAUAUAUUGAAGCCUUUUAUCAAGACGAAGCCAUGGAUUGAUGGAAGUCACAUGCACAUGCAAGGGUCAAAGCUAAUCGAAAAGUUGUGUAUGAAAAUUAAAAGUUUCCCAUGUGCAGACUGUCGUGUUCUUGAGCACAUUGACGCAAUAAUAGAGAAAGAUUUGCCCCAAAUGAAGGCACAGAAUGGCAUAGCUUUCGAAGAGGAAGAAGGGGUGGUGAUGGAGAUAGAGAAGGACAUAUUAGACACACUGAUAGAAGAAACGGCAGUGGAGUUUGGGAUGGAGAAACGAAAACGGUGCGUUUCGGUUAAUACGUAAGAGAGAGAAUUGAGAAAAGUUAAAGGAAAGACAGGAAGCAGAAGGGGCACAUGGGUUAUUCACGUGAUGAGAUGCUAACCGUCGGGGGUUUUGAUGGGAUCAAGCUGAUUGAUUGGGACUUGUAAAUUGAAGAUAACGACUGUUACUCCGACAACACUAGCUUUCUCAUUCCUUCUUAAAAGAAAAAAUUUGCAGAGGAAUCAAUAUUCUUCUUCCUCUCUCACUCUCAACCUUUGUAUAUUUAUGGUUGCAGACUACUCUGAAGAAGUUACUGCUGCUAUAUUGUCAUUAUUGUCUGCUUUGUAUUUCAACUACAAGUAAAUUAUUCAUUUCAUUGCUGUUUUGGCUGUCCAUAUGGUUA